AUGAGUGUUCCUCCAAAAUUUUCUUUCGUUUACGAUCAAAAUCUUUUUUUGAAAGGAUAUAUUCAUGUUGAAUUUAAUGAUAAAUCUUAUGUUAUGUGUUUAUUUGAUGGAACGUGGAUGAAAAAAACAUCACUUGCAAAUCAUGCAAAGUUGAAAAAUGAAACCAGUCAAUUGAAAUUAAUAAAUGAAAAAGAAAAAGAAGAAGCAAUGAAAAAUUAUUCAAUGUUUUUCAAAUCAGAUUUAACAAGUGAUUAUAAAGCAAAUCCAAAAACGUUACCUGAUUAUACUUCAUUUUUUUCCAAAAAGGAUAUUGUAACAAAGUUUUUUAAUUAUAUGAGUAUAAGAGGAAAAAGAACAAACAUUGCUAUGAUAGAAUCAGCAAAAAAUGAAUUUACACAAUUAUCGGUUUUAAAUCAAGUUCAAAGAAAUUCUGACCAAAAAGAAGUCUGUGUUGACAAUGUUAUCAAUGACCAUAAUAUCCAUAGUUUUAGUUGCAACAAUGACGAAGAUUUAGAAACUGAAACCACUGUUAUAACAUCGGCGUUUACGGUUGUUCCUGAUGAACCAGAAGAUGUUCCAAUCCCAACUAUCAAAAAACAAACACAUAAAAAGGCACAAAAUCUUUCUGCUGCCGAGUUUGAUGAUGGACUAUUUAGAAAAACAAGUUUAUUACCAGCAACUACUUGGCCUUGGUAUAAAUUAAUAUCGGCUAUUAAAUUGUUUACUUUCCCGCCCGGUGUAAAUCGAUUUAAUAGAAAGCGUUUUUCGGAAUGUAUAGAUGUGUUGUUUGAUUAUUACUUGCAUUCGAAAUAUUGUACAAAGUAUGAAAGAGAAGCAUUUGAAUUGUUCCAAAAAAGAAUUGUAGCAUUCGAGAUCACUUGUAUAAAUAUUGAAGCUAGGUUAUUCGAGUCACAAGUUAAUGCAGUUAGUGAUGAUUUAUUUGUCUUUCUUAAAGUUUACAAUCCAAGUCUGUUAGACAAAAUCAAUUAUCUCGGCAUCAGUAGCCGUAAUUCAUUCAGAGUAGCAACAGAUUUUAAUGUGUUGGCAAAAUCCGCAUUUCUAUGUGAAAUCAUAGACUGUGACUGUAUGGCUUUAUCGGGUGAUAGCUCGAGCAAAAAUGAUGAAGAAAAAUAUGUGAUAUUAGUAAGAAUGUGUAAAGGAAGAACAUUCAAAACCUUUCCUUUGGUAACACAAAUAAAAUGUGGUGGUUCUUCUGCUCAAGAAAUUGCAGAUUGGCUCUUUUCGGAAUUGAAUCUACUCAUUUCAAAUU